CGCAGAACGACGGCGGCGACAAGGAGGACGGUGCGCCUCCUGGCGGCGGCGGGCUGAGACGCAGGAGGACCAUCAAGAGGAAAAGAAGAGUCGUGUCCUUCAGAGUCAAGACGACGCUUCCCAGGAUGCCAAAAAUCAUGGCGUCGUCACAGGCCCAGGAAAAAAUGCCCCUCAUUGAGGAAAGUGUGGAGAUGCAGGAGAUGAUCCCAACCGAGGAGAGCACAGUGGAAGUCCAGCCGCUGGAGUUGGCAGCCUACCCGACCGAGGGAAACCCCCUGGAAUCGGAGGAGGAGAACGACGGCCUGUUGGAAUGGUGGAAAAACGUCGAAGGCUGGGCCGAGUGGAACGAGGCGGCCAAUUUCCAAGAAGAUGAGGAGGGAAUUGCGAUGGAGGAGGCUGCCGACCGUGUCUACAUGGCGGCGCGCCUGUUCGUGCGGCUCUUCAACCAGCGGGGGGCGUCGUUGCAACAGAGCAUCCUGGAGCUGCUGGCCAUCGCCGAUGCCGCCGACCAGUUCCACAAGAAGACGGUGUCGGCGGCGGUGGGCGGCGGCGUGGCCAGCGUGGCCGGCAGCCUGGCCACCAUCACUGGGCUCAUCCUGGCGCCAUUCACCUUUGGCGCCUCCAUCAUCGUCACGGCGGUGGGCAUCAGCGUGGCCACGGCGGGGAGCAUCACCUCGGCUACGGCCAACAUCACCGACGCCGUCCACUCCAACAUGGACCGCAAGAAGGUGGAGAAGAUGAUCCAGGACUACCAGGAGCAGAUCAAAGAUAUCCGCGAAUGCAUGGAUUUCGUGCAGGAGGGCAUAGACACCCUGCAAGAGUGGGACUUCGAGAAGUACUCGCAGAGUGCCGCAAAGAAGGCGCUGAACCACAACAUAAAGCAUGUCGUGAAAGAAGGAGGCCGGGCAGGGAAAGCCCUGAUGAUCAACACUGACAAGUUAAUCAGCACCGUGCAGGUUCUGGGCGCAGGGGCCGGGGCGGCCAAGGCGGCCCAGGCCAUCAGCGUCACUACUGGGGUCAUGUCGGCACUCUUCCUGGCCCUCGACGUCUUCUUCCUUGCAAAGGACUCCCAUGAGCUGCGCAAAGGCGCCAAGACAAAGUUCGCCUCCAAGAUCAGGGACGUGUGCAAGGAAUUGCAGAAUGGCCUCCUGGAGCUCAACAAGGUUAAAACGCAGCUGCAGAAGACCAUGGACGGGAUCGAAGUGGAGGAGUAUGAGGAGAUCGAGGAAGUGGAGGUAGAGGUGGAUGACGACCUGGAGUCCGAUCCCAAGAAGCUGGCUGCGCUGGAGCAGGAGCUGGACCUAUUAGAGGAGAAACUGGACAAAAGGAUCGAGGAAGGCAAAAACACAGAGAAGGAAAGUGAGUCCAAGGAGAAAACAGAUGGGACAAGGAAGAAGGAUAAACUGGAUAAGGAAAAUGAGAACCGGAUUGCAGCUUCUAAGGAGACUCAUAAGAAAGGGGAAUCAGCAUUGUGUAAAAAACUGGAUUUGUGUAAAAAAGUGGAUGAGAAGGCAAAAGAGAAGGCCAACACUGGGAAAGAACCACCAAGGACAGGAGACUCCAGAGGUAAGCCAGAAUUGGAGAGCAGCCACAGAGAACACGGGGGCAAAGAACCACUGGGUCCAAUGGAGGACUCCAGAAGGAAGGAAGAACAUGAGAGAAGCUACCGACAAGACAGAGCGAUGACUGGGAAUCCCGAACUAACACAGGCGAUCAAUGAGCGGGUCAGUCAUGAGAGACGAAGCAACAGAUCCUCCAAAAACGAAAGCAACACAACAGACAGGACUCAAGAAAAGGACUGGAAGUCAGAAGGUACCGAUAGCAGGGGAUGGGACAGGGAGAAAAGGAUGAGUGGAGACAGUCACAGAAGACGUGACGAAAGGAGGUUUUCAGACCGGAGUCAUGAAUCGUAUGCGGAUGACUCCAUGGAGGAGAAGAUUGCAGCCAGCCAGAGGAGUCACCACAGGAGGUCAGUGGAAGAGGAAGUACGUGGUGACGAGACACGAAGGAGCCGACUCGAGAGCGCUCGGUACAAGUUUGAGAAAGGCGGCAAGGACGAGGAGAAGCAUCGAGGGAGCACCGAGAGUCACAGGAGAGGAAGUGACAGAGGCGAGGCAGGAAGUAACUGGGAGAGGAGAGCAAGUGACAAGGACAAGACAGGAAGUGAUCGAGAAAGGAGAGGAAGUGACAGAGAGCACAAACAAAGUCGUCAAAGUUCUCAUCGUUCCAGCGUCCUGCGAGAUGAUGGCCUCUAUAUUUAGAUUUAGCACUUUGGUGUUUUAAAAAUUGGUUUUACACAAUUGAUCACAUUUAAUGAGUUCUAAAUACUGGUCCUGUUCUUGGUAGGAUUCUGGACAAAAAGUAAUGCACUGUAGUUUGUGAAAAAAUGACUUCUUGGGAGAAGCUAGGUGAGGGUUUUUCUGUCUGACCUUAAAUCAAGACUUCUUGAAAAGAAUUCUUUUGGUCCAGUUCUUCGGCUCAAAGUCCUAAGCAAGACCUUUUGGUUCCAAACUUCUGGGCAACGUUUCAAAAACGUGCUACUGUGUAUUUUUGAGGCAACACAAAAGCCAGUCCGGGCUAUCGCUGUCUGAUCUCAAAGUAAGAGCCACGGCUGUGUUUUUGUCCUAUUCUUUAGGUCAAAGACCUGAGUAAGAUCUUGGUUUUAGGUUGUACUAUUCUGGUUAAUGUCUCAAUCUGCACAUCUAGUCUCAAGAUAGACCUCAGUCUUUUAGUCUAAGUGUUAAGGUGUGUUGCUGCUAGUCUUCUGGCCAGUGUCUUUAUACUACUGUCUUUUGGACACAGACCUGAAGCCAGACCUCGACCUUAAAGUAAGACCCAUUCAAAUAAAUGUCAUUUGGUCCUAGUCCUUGGGCCAAAUUCUUGGAAGCAUCUAGGUAUUCCGGGGACAAGCUUCAGAUGUGGCUAUGUUUUUCUAAGUUUGAAGAUCGUAUUUUGGCUUUUGGCCAACAUCUUUUACCAGACCAAGGCCUUUCUGACCAAUUUUAAAUCCAGACCUACACUGUCUUUAGGUCCAGCUCUGAAGCAUGGCAGUGACGUUUUGGUACUAGUGUUCUGGCCAAAGUCGGCAGCCAUCUUCUUGAACAGCACUAGCUUUUUUGGUCAAAGGCCAAAAAAAGAUCUUGGUACUUUGGUCCUGAUCUUUUAGCCAAACAUGUGAGUAGAAAAUGUUCAUGUUUUUAGUUACACUAUUAUAAAUAUUAAAUAACUUAUUAUUAAAGAUGCUAUUUUGGCUUGUUAUGUUUACCACUGACAUUUUUAUACAAGUCUGGUGUUGGUUGUCUGAUUGUGCAAAUAAAUUUUGUGCCAAUACUGAUACAAAAUUGUGUUUAAUUUAUUUACAAGGUUUUUCAACUAUCAUCACUAUGGAAACAAAUAUUUGGGAUUCAAAUUUUACUUUAGGGAUUUUUUUAAAUUGGAAGAUUAAAAAUGUUAUUUAAAAAAAUGUACCAUACUUUAUUCCGUUAAUCUACACAAAAGAUCCCACAUAAUAAUGCUUGGCAUACAAAUGGACUCUUUUUUAUUCAUAAGACUUUCAAUUUUAAGAAUGCAAAACACUAACACCUUAUUUUUUUUUUAAAAUAAAAAUAGUUCAAUUUUCUGAACUGAAAUAUUUAAUUGUAUUUUUUAUGCAAGGUAGCAACUGACACCAGGAUUUCUUUUAAAUAGCAGAAGCCGAUUGAAAAAUUUUGAAAUACAUUUCAGACAAUGGCAGAUGGAAAUUUACACCUUAAAUAUGAAUUUUAAAAAGUGGUAGAUGGGUAAUCGAAGAUUAGGUGUGCAAUUCAUAUUUAAAAAAAAAAUUACAUAUUCAUGGUUAGCUAAUAGAAGUGAGCACAAUUUUCGAAGUUUCAAAGACUAACUGAUAUCUAAGUACUUGGCUGUGAAAGAC